AUGCGCAUCGCCGCUCUCUUUAUUGCCUUUUUCGUCGCCGUCGUGGCUGCCGCCCCGUCCCCGGCCGCCCCGUCCGACUUCUCCAUCGAGAAGCGCGGCAUGGACCAGUGUGACUGCGACGAGAGCAGCUGCAGAGGCCCCGCAUGCUGCGCCAACGGCACGUGCUAG